AUCGCCCACCUUCCUUCCUUUCUUCUCGCGCGUUCUCUUACACUGUCUCCUCCUCUCUAAAUCUGCCACUGCCUGAUUCCCAAUCGCUCGUCUCCUCCCCAUCAUACCUUCUCCCUUUUCUGGGUUUUGUUCGGACCCCGCCGGAGCUAGGGUUUCUGGACAUUCCCAGAGGCUGAGAGACACUGAUUUGGAGCAUUGACGCGCCUUUUUUGUUUAAUAUUGUCAAGGAAGCCACGGCCGCAGUGCGUGGUGCUUCUCUCGCGAUGCAGUCUUCCCAGCUCUCUCGCCAGGAAUGGCGAGCCGUUGCUGACAAUCACUCCGCUCGAGAUGCCGCCGGUGAGGAAAUGGAACGAUCAAAGUCGACACAAUCAGAUGAAAGGACCAUAUAUGAGGUGCAGCAGGGAAGGGAACCCCUUGAUGUUGACUUCUGUUCAAUUUCAAUUGAUGGGAAUUCAGAUAAUGAUAUUUUGCAGCAACGGCUCAAUGAUGUCACUAGACAGAGAGAGGAUCUGCAACAGAUGGAGAUUGAACUUAGAGCUCAAGUUAUUGCAAGAUCAGAAAUAUUGGAAAUGCGAAAGAGGUUUGAUGCUCAAGUGAAAGAACAUAAUAAUGCUGCCAUCAAGAUGCAGGACCAACUAUGUGAAAGAGAUCAGGCUAUUCAUGAAUUGGAAAGGAAAUUAGAAGAUAAAGACAGGGAGUUGCAAUCAAUUAAAUUGGACAGUGAAGCGGCUUGGGCCAAGGAUGAUCUUCUUCGCGAACAAGAUAAAGAAAUAGCAACUUACAGGAGAGAACUUGAUCACUCUGAGGCUGAAAGAGCUCAACAAAUAAAACAAAUGCAUGAACUCCAAGAACACAUCCAUGAGAAAGAGCGGCAGCUUCUUAAGUUACAGGAGCAGCAUAGGAUUGCUCAAGAAACCAUUUUGUACAAAGAUGAACAAUUGAGGGAAGCCCAUGCUUGGAUUGCUCGUGUCCAGGAAAUGGAUGCUUUGCAAUCGACUACAAAUCAUUCCUUACAAGCCGAAUUGUGUGAACGUAAGGAGCAGUAUAACCAGCUAUGGCUUGGUUGCCAGCGGCAGUUUGCAGAGAUGGAAAGGCUUCACAUGCAUUCGUUGCAACAACUCCAACUCGAGUUGGCUGAUGCAAGGGAAAGAAAUGGGACUUACAAUGAGGAGUCAAAUAUAUCUCAGACAAAUUCUAAAGAUGUAUCGCAAUAUGGGCAAACUAAUAACCAAUUAGGUGGAGCUGCUUCAAAUGGAAAUAAUGGGGCACUGUCAAAUGGGAAUGCUGAAAAUGUUCCAUCUUUUAAUUCGACUGUCAAUUCAUCUAUCCAGAGUGACCAUGUAUCCGGUGUUCCAAUGGCUCCAUCAUCUCUACUUGGGAUGCCACCCUACCUUACUCCUGGGCAGAUGGCUGCCUUGCAUCCUUUUUUGAUCCAUCAACCAGGGGUUCCUCAUUCUGUACCAUCCCCAGUUCCUCAAUCUCACAUGGCGCAUUUCUCAUCAUUACCAGCUGUAUCAUCCAUCCAACCGUGGCAGACUAAACAGAUUGUUUCAGAGGGUUCCAACAUAUCUGUUCAGAAUGAGCUUCAGUCUUCUCAAAAUGCUCAAAACAUAAUGACAUCAAAUACUAAUUAUCCCUACGAGAUGACUGCUAAUGGGCAAGCUCUUGAACCAGAUUAUCUGGAUGUUCAUACCAGCAAGAGAAGAGAACCUGAUUCAGUGCUUUCAUCAUCUUCUGGAGAAACACAGCUUGAGUCAGUGGAUAGAGGAUAUCAAGUGGCCCCCCAACCUGAUACGAGCUUGCAACAUGUUGCCUCUCAAUUUCAUGAUGCUCUAAGGAUUGGUUCUGCUUCUAUUCAACACAACAAUGAAAAGGAUCAAAUUGAUUUGUGUGCAGGUGGUCAAGUUCUGGAGAAGCAAGGGUUAGAUGGGGGAAAAUUAAGUCCUGCUAUCAGUACGUUAACCUCUGAUUCUUCUCCCAUUCACAAUGUAAACAUCAGUGAAGUGGUUAUCAACAAUGCCUCUGGAUCUGGGGCUGUUGUAUCUGAAGCUUUUGUUUCUUCUGGGCCGAAAAUUCCUAUAAUGGUGGAGAAGGCCUCAGAAACCGCCCUUCUUGAUGAAAGAGCAUUAUUAGCUUGUAUUGUUCGAACUAUUCCAGCCGGUGGUAGAAUUCAAAUAAGUUUAACACUACCAAACAGGCUAUGCAAGAUGCUUGCACCUUUACACUGGCAUGAUUAUGCGAAGAAGUAUGGUAAGCUUGAAGACUUCGUAGCUGAUCAUCCUGAAUUAUUUGUGAUUGAGGGCGAUUAUAUUCAGCUUCGAGAAGGAGCACAGAAGACAAUAGCAGCUACAGCAGCUUUUGCUAAGGUUGCCGCUGCGGCUGCAGCUUCAUCUCAUUAUUCAUCAUAUUUGCCUUCUGUUGCUAUGACCCCAAUGGCACAUACUAAUCGGUCAAAGAGGAUUAUAUCUACUGAUUCAAAAAACAUGAAAGCCGAGAAGACUUCUGUUCUUACUACAAAUAUGGCUAAGGAUUCUCCACAGGGCACACUAAUGAAGAAUCAACCUAAAAAUGGUUUUCAUUCGGCCGCCGGUGGAGGUCUAUUGAAUGUGAAACUUUUUACUAGAUCAAAGGAUAGUCGUGAACUGAAUGUCUCAGAAGCCAAGCCUCGUGAAUCAUCUAUGUUUUUGGAGUUUGAAAAUGGGGCUGCUCAUGAUAGAACAUCAAGCGGGAGCAAUGAAAGCUUACCUUCAACUGAUGGGAGGUCUAGUGUCAAUUUUUCUGGGAAACAUCAGGGCAGGAUGGCUGCUGCUUCGUUUCCUUCAAGAAGAUAAGAUUGUAUGAAAUAUGCUAUAAUCUUAAUGGCUUACUGGGGGCCCUGGAGGGAAGGAUCAGAUAAAUACCGAGAAGUUUAACCAAGAAAAUCAUCCCGAUUUGAAUGAUCAGUUAUCUGUAAUUUCUCAGAUCAAACUUGUCAGCUGAUUUUUUUUCUCCUUUUAUCUUUUUUUUUUUUUUUUUUUUUUUUUUUUUUUUUUUUUU